UAGCAGCCGCUCCUCUCGGUGGAGCAGCAGCAGCAACGGCAUCAGUACUACUUCUGACAAGCAAGCUGUUCCAAAGGCGAAGUCUCGCGACGAAGUGAAGCUAAUUCUUGCGGCCGCGCGGGCCCCUCUCUCGUUCGAAGUAGUAGUGCAUCGCGGAACAAAAUCCUCUGGUGAAGAGAUCAAUCAGGCCCGUAGACGCUCGUACGGGGCUUCCUCUGUGCAGCGUUCGCGGACAAUCCAAGAUAUGUCGUGGAGUUGUUUCGCCCCCGAGCCCAUUCGACCACCGAUCGAUCUCACCGAUCAAUCCGACACAGUCAAGGUGUUCUUCGUCGAUCGUGCCACUCGAUGACCCUCUCCGUCGCGGAACAGUUUCCCGUGAUUUUCUCUAUUACGCGUUAACACAGUCGAGCUGCAUUCGAACCGGGCAAAACAUUCUGAUGAAAUUUUCGGGUCGUACGCUCGGUUCGUUCGAAGGUGUGUGGGUGGCCAGACUUGUUGCACAAGCGACUUGGCAUCGCUAGGAGAUCGAAACGUCGGCUCGAUGGGUGUACAGGGAAACCAGGAAGCGUUUCGUCCCGACAUGCUUUCUCCUCCGGAGACGGUCACCCCGGGUACCGACCUAAUCAGAGUGUCGAGGUUUUAUAAGGACAGCAAGGAGGGAAAGUUCGUAAGCUACAUACACGAGGACACGAGAACCCUGUAUGACGGUUUCCGCAAAGGCGCCAAAGAGUCCAACAAUGGCCCUUGUCUCGGCUGGCGAGAUGGGCCCAACAAACCGUACCAGUGGAUUCACUACAACGAGACUCUGCUCAGGGCGAAAAAUUUCGGAUCCGGCCUGGUGUCGUUGGGGCUGCAACCGGGCUCUCACACCCUCAUAGGCCUCUACAGCCAAAAUUGUCCCGAAUGGAUCCUCACCGAACAGGCAUGCUACACGUAUUCCCUCGUCGUCGUGCCCCUCUACGACACGCUGGGCCCAGAUGCUUGUGCUUUCAUCAUCAACCAGGCCGAUAUCAGCCUAGUGGUCUGCGAAAACGAUAAAAAAUGCAAUUUACUGCUUGACAAGGCACCAAGAUGCCUGAGGAAACUGGUAGUGGUGAAGGAAACGCGACAAGCGACGAAUCAGAGGGCAAAGAACCGUGGCGUCGAAGUGUUGAGGUUCGAUGACGUCGAGCGUCUCGGCGCACAAAAGAACCAUCCGGAAGUGCCACCGAAGGUGACCGACCUGUGCACGAUAUGCUACACAUCCGGAACUACUGGCAACCCGAAGGGCGUGAUGCUGACGCAUCAGAACGUGAUGGCAGGUGUCUGCGCGGUUCUGUUGCAGCUGGGCGAGCACAAGCCCUCGUACAAGGACACGAUGAUCAGCUUCUUGCCUCUGGCACAUAUGUUGGAACGCUGUUGCGAGAACGGCAUGUACAUGGUGGGCGGGUCCGUGGGCUUUUACAGCGGUGACAUCAAAACUUUGCCCGAGGAUAUGAAAGCCUUGAGGCCUACCGUCAUGCCAGCGGUACCGCGACUCUUGAAUCGAAUGUACGACAAGGUCCAAUCCGAACUUCAGAGCUCGUGCCUGAAGAAGCUGGUGUUCAGCAUGGGAAUGCGGGCGAAGGAAGCGGAAAUCAAGAAAGGUAUUAUCAGGAACAACAGCGUAUGGGACAAGUUAGCCUUUGGAAAGAUCAAGGAAUCGACCGGUGGAAGAUUGAGACUGAUGGUGGUAGGCUCUGCUCCGCUUGCUGGAAACGUGCUUACAUUUGCCAGAUGUGCUCUUGGAUGUCUGAUCGUCGAAGGCUACGGUCAAACAGAAUGUUGCGCGCCAGUUACUCUUACGAUUCAGGGUGAUCAUGUACCAGAACACGUGGGACCACCGGUGGCUUGUUGCUGCAUUAAAUUAGUAGACGUCCCGGAAAUGGAAUACUACGCCAAGAAGAGCAAAGGUGAAGUGUGCGUAAAGGGUACUAACGUGUUCGUUGGAUAUUUUAAGGAUCCCGAAAAAACUGCUGAAGUUAUUGAUGAAUUUGGGUGGCAUCAUACAGGGGACAUCGGCAUGUGGUUGCCUAAUGGAACACUCAAAAUAAUUGAUCGAAAGAAACACAUCUUCAAAUUGUCACAAGGAGAAUACAUAGUUCCAGAGAAGAUCGAAAAUAUAUAUUUACGUAGUCAAUAUGUACAUCAAGUAUUCGUUCAUGGGGAGUCUCUAAAGUCUUGCAUUGUAGGAAUAGUAAUACCAGAUGUAGAUGUUGUAAAAUGUUGGGCAGUAGAGAAUGGUAUACCUGGUACAUUAAGCGUGUUAUGCAACAAUCCACAAGUCAAACAGUUGAUUCUGGAUGAUAUGCUUGCAUGGGGAAAAGAAGCUGGCCUCAAAUCCUUUGAACAGGUAAAAGAUAUUUAUUUACACCCGGAUCCAUUCUCUGUGCAAAAUGGCCUUCUCACACCAACAUUGAAAACAAAACGGCCUCAAUUGAAAGAAUACUUCAAACCACAAAUUGAAGAUCUUUACCGACAUUUGGACUGACCAGACUGAACAUUCACUAUGAGUUGUUUUCAUUAGCAUUGGGAGCAGCAAAGACAGGAAGGAUCGAAAUGCCUUUGUGUCGCAUUCACAGAAAUCACUUCCGUCAUCGAAUAUAUUCGUUAUUCCGCGAUACUUUAUUAUAUCAUUUUCACAAUUACAUAGCGACGCAAAAAAGAAAAGCACCGUUUAGGCUACUAAGGUAAUUGACAAUAUUAUAAGUAAUAAAAUGAGUUAUUAUUAGGCGCGUCUGAUUUUCUCUUAAGUAUAAUCAUCCUUUGAUACUUUUCACAUGUAGUUACAGUUUUCUUUGUCCCCCAAUCCUUGUAUUUUGAUACAGAUUAUUACCUAACUAUAAAUGUAUAUUUUUAUUAAUAACGAUAAAUAAUUAAAUUCUGAAUUUAGUACGCAGUAGUAUAUUGGAACGUAUACAUUAUCCAUUUUUAUGAAAGGCAAUCGAACACGUACGCGAUACGUAAAACAAACUCGAUAUUUGUUGAUUUGCAAAAGUUUACAUCAUAUAUAAAUCGCGACAUGGACAACUCGAUGGUAGUGAAGAUGAUUUUGUAUGUAUACUGUCAGAUGUUCUAACAUAUGCUGCUUAGAAGCAUAUGACAUAAUAGGCAAGUUAUAUUUUUUAUAUUACUAAUAAUACAUUGUAACUACUUUUUUCCUAUUUUAACGACGAUAUUUCAAAUUUAAACUUUUCUUGAUACGUAUACGAGAUCAACAUCAACUCAAUACCAAAAUUAAUAUGAAAAAUUUAGGAAC